AUGUUAGCGGGCCGAAUGAAGCAAGUGAACGGCGGCGUCGCAAGAAAUUUGGCGGACGCUUUGGGCCGGCUCGGACACAACGUCCGUUUCAUGUCGGUCGUCGGCGGUGACUCCGCAGGCCAAUCGAUACUCGAAUCGCUACGUCAUAUAGUAAGUAAAAUAUUAUUAUUUUUAUUUUGAGCGUACCUAAGAAACAAUAUCAGCUUUAGAAAUAUUAUUUAUUUAUUUUUCGGUUAAUAAAAAUAUUCAAAUUUGUUCUUAAAAUUAUUACGGACUUUUUUUCCUGUGAACAACUUUUCUACCGGCAAUUUUGCUCCGAUUUAAAAUGAUAGCAUUUUUUUCUGUAAGGAAAUCUGAUCGGGGAAAUACUUUAGAGAUGCCAUUUUGUGAUUUUCUCGGGAUUUUUCUCAAUAUAUUGAAAACUGGAAAAAACGUAAGAAAAUAGGUACUUACAAUAUUAAACAAAUAUUUUUAAAGAUUUUUACCAUAAUAUGACAUAUACAUUGUUGACAAAGCAAAAUUAUCAACUGAACUCCUCUCAGAAUCGUUUUUUCGUUAGCAAUGGUUUAUCGUUGCUCACAGAUAUACUUUAAAUUUGCUCUUUACUAUCUCCUCAACUUCUCACCUACAACAGUGGCCCACCUACGUGACCACGUGUGAUGUAUGUCCGUCUUUUUUUUUUUCUAAUUAUGAUUCACUUCUAUAAAGGGCACAGACUACGUCACGGUGUUCAAAGAUAUCCCUACUUCUUGGUGCGUGGUCCUCCAAAAUCCGCAAGGCGAUUGUGUGGCGUGUAUCGGUGACAUGGCGUGUCACCGACAAAUUUCUGUCGACAUGGUAACUAUAUCUUUAUUAUUGUUGUCUGUCAACAAAUUACACUGUAAUCUAUUUUUAUAAUCACGAACUAAAAUAAUAUCAUCUAACUGUCUAAUUGCAGUGAAAAUUCUUCACUCCCCGAAUAUUAUACAUAAUAUAGAGGUAUUAAUACAUAUCCAACUUAAAAGUCUGUUAAUUCAAUGGUGAAACCAAGAAAAGGUGGGUUUGGACUUGAGCAGUUAUAACCGAAAUUAAAGAAUUUUAAAUCUUACGUAAUAAUUUAUAUAAAGCAGUAAAAAACUAGUAGCGGGUAUUUAAUUUUUGUUCAACCUAUGAUUUCUACUAACAUUGUUUUUCUCUGAAAAUAACUUUUUUAUAAAUAAAAAUAUUCUUAUUUUUUCACAUCGUACAUUGGAAUACGUAAUUGAUCAUCCUGUGGUUUCUAGAUUUGCAACAGUUUUUUAAGCAACUUAAAACAAUAAUUGACAAAUAACGAUGCAUUGGAUUUCUUUUAUUAUUGAUUUUGUUGAAUUUUGGGUUAUUUUUACUACAUGGGAAAAACAUGACCCCUGCCUUAUCAGAUUAUAUAGCUCUAUUCAAUUUUAUUGAUUGCAAUUAUUUAUAACUGCAUACAGUAUACACUUAAUAUCCCUGUAUAUUCUAUAGAUACUUACUCUCCCAACUAUCCACCUGCAAUGGUGGAAUAGUUGUGAACAGUAUUUAUCAACUUGUUGGAAAUAUAUAACGUCUACUCCUCCACCUCUCGAAAAUGAAUCCAGGUUACAGCACAUAUUAUAGUCAUCAUUUUAUACACAAGAUUUUUGAUAACCAUCAACCAAAGCUGUACAAGUUCCUCAAAUUUCUAACAUAUUAAAAUUGAGUUAGUUAUUUAUUUCUAUACAAAUUUAUUGAAAGAAAUGACAAAAUAACCAAUCUCAUUAAGUUAGAAUAAAUCUACUUCAGUUUGAAACAAGUGAGAAGCAUAUUAAAAUUUUAAAAUAAAAUCGAUAACCUAAAACCAUUCCAUCAAAAAUUUUAACUACGUAUAUCAUUUUAUCUUUACAAAUAGAGCGGUUCUAUAUAAAUUAGAAUUCUGGCUAUAAACCUAUAACAUUAAUAGGUAUGAUACUGUUAAUAACUAUAAUCUGCAGUUACCAUUUGCGUAUUAUAUAAUUAUAAUACAUUGGUAGCAAAAUCAUUAUUGUUAAUGUCACAUUUGAAUACUUGAAAAUUUAAGUAUAGAUUUUAUAAACACAUUUAAAUAAAAUAUUUUAUGCAUCCAAAAAACGCGUUAAGUAAAAAAAUAAUUCAUAAUUUAUAAUUAAGUAAUUAGUUAGCUUUAAUUCUGAACUUAUAAGAAAAAUUACUUUUCAACUUAAUUCUAAUUAACCAACUAGUUAGUGUCUGACUUUUUCGUUAAUCAAUCUGACUGUAGAUACUUUAAACUCAAGAUUUUACCUUGAGUAACACGUAAUUGUAAAUUCUAAAAUAUUUUAAUAAAUUCCAUUUUACUUUAGAAUAAAAUAUGUAAAGAAGAUAAGACUUUAUUUUAAAAUGGUUUUCGUUUGCAAAUUGGCAGAACACGUUAAAAAUAAUAGUAAUUGAAACAUUAGUUCGUGGAUCCCUGUAGGAGAGGCUCACAAUACUCCUACGUACCGCUGUUCGUCAAAAGAGACGAUAAUUGGGGUUAUAUCAGGUUGACAGCCAAUAUAAAAUUCUAUUAAACAGGAUGAGCAGUUCUAAAUUCAAAACUUUGGAAUUAGUUUAUUUAGAUUUCAUAGGACACAAUCUGAAAAAUGUUAACAAUAGGCUUGAGGAAUGGAGUGUAUCACUUUAAGGAAAUGGACUAUAAAUAUAAGUAAAUGUAAAACAGAAUGUAUAGAGUAUGAGUUUAGAGGAAGAAAACAAGAGAGUGACAGGCCUAGACAGCUAAUGUCAAUAUAACUGAUAGCGUAAUAGGCAAAAUUGGAAGUUUUAGGUACGAAAUAACGGUUACUUUGACGAAGAUGUGAAAUAUAGGAUUAAGUGUAGUUGUACAAAGUGAAAAGAAUGCAUAAGAUGUUUUAUAUAGUAAAAAUAUUUCAAUGAGACUUGGUGGGGGGAGGGGGCAGUGAAAUGGAACAAGUGAAGGAGAAGAAAUAUUGGAUCAUCAGGAGGAUAGUUAUAAUUUGAAAAUCUAACCGUUUUCACUCAAUUCCGUUGACUCAUAAUCGAAUACAUUAUUUUAGUCACUGGUACUAAAAUAAUGUAUUUUUUAUCUUUUUACCAUUGCGUCUCGUCUUCAUCGAUAACGGUGACUUCGAGUGCGUGCUAUACCGGAACGUUUAUACGAAAAUUUUAGCACGGGGCGUGGUUGAAUAAUAAUAAUAUUUCGAGUCGUUCGUUGAGUUUACGUUUUAAUCGUUACAAAAAUAUAACGACAGUCCAUUAAUAUCCAUUAGUGGGCCGGCACCGAUGCCUCGGGCUCCGCUCGUCGUUCGUUUAAUAAUAUAUGCAUAUAUAUAAUAAUAAUAUUUUAACGACGAUGGUUAUAAUUAUCGUAGUAAUAAUUAGGUACAUCGAUUUUUUUUUCGCAUUCGAUUAAUUGUAAAUGAUAAACAAAAAAAAAAAAAAAAAAAUGAUUAUACGCCUCCGAACAAUAGAACGCUGGUGACCAGUGUAAUACUCGAUAAUAAUAAUUCGGGUAUGUUUUUAUAUCGGUCAUUCAAAGAAAAUAAAAUAAAAGAAAUACUAUUAAUCGAUACCAUUGUCAAAGCUUUUGAGUAAAAAUAAUAGUAGUCAGACUAUAUAAAAUUCUAGAAAAAAAGAAACCGCACACGGCUGGUAUUCAGUAUGAAUUCUAAACAAUGCAAAUGUUUAGUCUAGAGAACAAAAAAAAAAACCCCCGUUUAUUUUAACUCGAAGAUUUAAUAAAAAUAAAAGUUUUCAAAAAGUUUUCCACUUUAAUAUAGUAAUUGUCUUAAAUAAAUAAACGGAUCCAAAGUAAAACAAUAUAAUGGUAAUAUACGAGAGCAGCUUACUUUUUAUAUGAACGGUGUUUUCUGUUUAACUCGUAACAUUCAAAAUUUCCUUGGUGAAUUAUUAUGUGUACUUCACAUCGGUGUCCAGAAAUAUGGGUAAAACAACUUCGUUUUUUAUUUUUUUAUUUUCGUCAAAUAUUUAUCUAAAAUAGAGACUAUCAGUGGCAUAGCCAAGAUUUAUAAAUAGGGGCGUAGAGAAUUUAAGAAACCAUAACUUUCUUAACAUUAUCUAUAGCUAAAAAGAAAGCAAGGGGGGUUCAAAAUACUCAAAACCUUCCUGACUACGUCACUAGAGACUUUUGCAUUGUAUUGUGUCUGUUAUACAUACGCAUAUAAAGGGAAUGAGAAGAAAAAUGAUUUUACAUUUGAUAUAAAUAAUAUAAUGGUCUGAAGGUGGGAGAACACUGCAUAGGUCGUAUAGUAUUUUAUCUUCAGGUGUAAAAAUUCCUAGUUUUGUCACUGCUAAGAGAUCCAGAUGAUGGUCACGACAAUCGUGUACGAACAGAGUGCAAGCAAACUUAAGAUUAUUGAAAGUCUGAAAUGCAGACGAAUAUGUUAAUGAUAGGGAAGUACAAAGAAAGUAUGUUUUGUUAAGACAUUGGGCCUUCAAUAGUUCAAAAAUUAAGCCUUCAAAACCUUUGAAAUCAAUACAAUUUAGUCGUUAGUACGAAUAAAUAAUCAAACUAUAACUAACUUAAUAAUUUCUUACUCUCAGUCCACACUCGUACAGAUAUACAUUCAAAAUUGAGUUAACAAAACAUAUGUGGUCUUGAUUCUGUAUUAUAACAUUGCUAUGUAUUAGAAAUGUUAUACGAUAAAUAAAUAGUUAAGGUAAAUAAACAAAUUGAAAAACAACCGAAAUAGUUGGUGCAGAUAUAAUUGGAUCUUAGUAGGUAGGUAUAUAAAAUAUAUUUUUGUAAUGUCAGAAAUCGGUUAAGGAAAUGAUUAUACGCGUUUUUAUGUUUACAUAAUAAAUUAAUCUAGGAAGUUAAAUAAUUGGACGACUGCCGAAAUAAAAGUAUAAAUAAUACAUAAUGGCAACGGGGAAUACAAUUUUCUUGAAAGAUUAUUUUCAAUUAAUUUCACCUAAUUUUAGAUAUAUAGGUAGUGUGAAAUUUGAUGAUCGAGUCAUACGAAAAACAAAGUUCUAUUAUAUACCCUAUACAUACGUUUAUUUAUAUAUGUAUGUAUUGUUUUUUAACUUUAUUAUAACAAACAAUUAUUAUCUUGUAGUCGUGUCUAUGGCAACUGAUUUAAUUUACGUCUUACGACUAUAUUAGCGAUUCAAAGUAGCUUUUAGUUUAUUAAGUAUAUACAAUAAUGUAAAUAUACUUAAUUGCAGAUUCAAAGCAGAGUGACUGAACUAUUCGUUUUAUAAUUAUGUGCUGUUUUUUUCCUUGAACAAUUUGUUUAUUUUGUUCUUAGAAAGUUUCACAGACGAAUUGUAUUCUAUUGCAUUACGUGCCUUGUAAAGUGCAUAACAACUGCCUAUGUAAAGUUAAUUUACCGGGAAAGAACAAUGCGUUUUACGAAAUUAUAGUUUUCAAAUUGAAAAUUAUUAUUAUUAUUGUAUUUUAUUGAUCGUCAAACUUUAAUGAUAAACUGCAAUGACGGUGCAAUCUGCUAAACAAUCUUUUAUUGUUUUAAUAUUAUGAUGGUUAUUUUUUAGUUAUUAUUAUAAUUAGAUUCAAUAUUUUUUCAAAAAUUGCAUUUUAAAUUUACAGAAUUCAAUUUUUUUUUUUGUUUUACUAAGAAUAAACGAUAUAAUUUAAAAAUUAUUUUCAAUUUAUAUUAUUAUUAUCCUGCAAUUUAUAAAUGACUAUAUUGUUUUAUACCCCAAUAAAAUUAUUAAUCAAUUACGCGAAACCUGUUGGAAUAUUAAUAUAAAAACUGUAUCAACUAUACCAAAUUAUAGUAUUAUUGAGUAAUUUAGAAAUAUUAAUGUAUAAAAGGUAAACUAUUAAUUAUUUUAACUAAAGCGAUUUAACGAAAUAAUAUUACUACCCAUAGUAUUUGAUUAAGUAUUUAGUCAUGUAUAUUUUCGUAACUCCAGCGGUACUUUACUUAAUACUGUUAAAUCUGCUGGUAUCCCGAUAAAUCAGAUUCGCUUUCAUCCUAUAGUUUUUAUCGAAUUUCCCUCCCGAAAAUAGACACUUUUGCAUUAUAUCGCAAGUCAACGAAGCGAUGAAUUUUAAACCCGUUCCCUGGUCCCUAAAUCGCGAUUUUGGUAGUUUCGGUGGCGUUUGAUAUAUUAUUAUACAAUACCCACAUAUUAUAUAAUAUAUAAGUAUAUACUUAUACGUAAAAUGUACAUUUAUAUUUUUCCCACCUACUUUUGGUAACUUCUAAUGGUUUCCUCUAGAUCAAUUGAGCCCAAAUUCAGAAAUUAGUUCUUUUUAUCGGUGGAUUGAAAUAAAAAGUGAAGGUAAAUUUCAGUAUAUUUCAGUAGAAAAAGAUCUUAUUUUAAAUAUCAACACCCUUAAAGGCCUCCCUCCAAAUAAUUUCAGGGAGAUUAGUGAACAGGAUGUAGUUACUUCUGGAGGUUUCAACACUUUUGUUUCAACCCUCAAUUCGAUUCCCUCAUUAUUUAUAAAUCAAAGUUUCAUGUCUUUAAAUAUUCCCAUCACUUUCGUUUUUACAACAACAAAUCAAUAUACAAUUCGUUUCAUGUCACCGAGAAGAUCAAGAAAAAUAUUGACUUAUUGUACCAGAGUCCACUCGUCGUCGUCGACGGCAACGUACCUGCAGAUGUGAUUGAUUUUGUGGUCAGAUUCUGUAACGAGGAAAACAUACCAGGUACGUCUAUCGUAAGGGGAGUGGAUCCCUUACAAAAACAAAACAAUUCUUAUUUUUUAGCUAAAUAUUUAUGUUAUGAUGAGAAAAAACUAUCCUUUCUCGUAUAUUCUAUACAACAACGGGACAAAACUAGUUAAAAAACAAUAGAAUAACUUUUACAUUUGAAGUUAACCAGUAAAAAUAAAAUCACAAGUAAAAAUUCAGUUUUACUUGAAUUUUAUUUUUAUCAUAUAGAUAUAGGAAUCUCAUAUAGAUAAUACAUAUAGAAAUGCAUUUAAAAAUACUUCUAUUAUGAAAUCAAUAUUUUUAAAAAAUUUUUCUAGAUUUUUUAUAAAUUAUGAAAAAUAAAGUUGUCUCGCUUUUGCACAAAUCCCUUCGAUUUCCCUCAAAUGUGCAUUAUAAUAUUAUAUUGUUACAUUCACGUUUUAUUAUCUUUCUGGUGUAGUGUACUUCGAGACCACAGAUAUCGCCGUGGCCGCGAGAACGUUUCAGACGGACACGUGGAAAGGUCUGUCAUUCAUCUCUCCUAACCUCAAUGAACUGGGUCGGAUAUCAGAAGUCUUAAAAAGUAAGUAUACAUUUAUAUAGUUUCAUAAUCUUGAAAUCAUUUUAAUAGUAUAUACUCGGCUUAAUUUUCACACUUAAAUCCCUUAAAAUGUAACCAUUCGAUCAUUUGUUUUUACUAAAAUGAUGAGCAGUCUAAAAAAAAAAUGGAAACAAAAAUAAACAGACAUACUUCGUAUGAUGGGUGGGCCACUGUUGUUGGUGAGACGGGAUGAAGGUAGAGACGAAAUUGAAUGUACGCAACAAUUAAUCAUUGCUAAGCAAUGAACUUUUCUGAGCAGAGUUCAGUUAUACGUGUUUUGAAAGGGCAUAAUAUUUACGAUUUGAAAAUAAUAUAUCUUGUACAUUUUCCCGUAUUUCCUAUAUUUUUUCUCGAUUUUAACCAUUUAUUAUGAAAAUCCACGGGAAAUUUAAAAAAUAACAUCACUUCGUUCAGAAUCCAAAAUAUCGAGAAAAAUUAGUAAAAUUCGGUGAUUGUAAAACAUGCCUAAGAAAUUGAUUGAAGUGAAAAAUCCGAAAAACCCAACGAUUUUUUUUUUAUUUCCACAAAAUUCAAAUAAGUUAUAGAAAUCAUAUAUCCAUAUUAUUAUUCGUUAUGGAUACUCGUUGUGCGGAUGUUUACAAUAUGUAAAUACAUUUAAAAUUCUUAGUGAUUAACUAUAAUAUUAUAUACAUAAUGUCACAGCUAUACGCCCCAGUUCUAUAUUUAGUGUCACUCGAUUUUGUACUGCGUAUUAUUAUUUGCUCAAGGGCUAAAGGCUUUUAUUGCCGUUUUAUUUGCUCGGUCGUAGUAUAUUCCUGCAAUUAGGUAUGCACAAGAGAAAAUGGUUAUUCGCGCGUAUAAUUUUGACGAUCAAACAAUAUACCUAGGUACGUUUAUUAUAUUAUACGCAAUCUGUUAAUUUGUUUCGUGCAGCUGUAGCAGCAUCAGGGUGACAUUAUGUGUUUAUUAAUUAUUAAUAAUAUACCGAAGAUAUAAAUUUACGUUUAUAACUAUUUGGUGUUAUUAAUUUUCCAAUAUUAAAUGUCGCAUAUACACCAGUAGUAACUGAAGUUAAUAAUUUACACUUUUUGAUUAUGUUUAUAUAAUUUAUUCUUACGUAAAUUUCUAUUAAUUCCGUAUUCGUUUCGAAAAACAAAAUGUUUAACGAGUAAAAAACCAAUAUUAUGUACUGUCUGAUCAUUUUAUCACGAGCACCCGGAGUAACAAAAAUAGACCUGUGAAGGAGAUAACGAAAUAAUAGAUAAUGUGGACGGAAUUAAAAGAAAGCUUACCACUAUGGCCGAAAUUGUUGACGCCAAAUAGACAUUAUGUCGGUCUGUAUAUACAUAUAUAUAUAUAUAUAUACCUAACCUAUAUAUGUACCUAACCUAAUUGAGAAAAAAAAAUAAUAUGAGUAAUAUGGUGAACUGGGGAAUAGAGAAAUGUCUACUAACAUGUAGACCGCUUUUUUAAAUAUCCAUUACAUACUACCAAUUUAAUGCAUAAGUGAUUUUACGACGAUAACUGACUGAAAAGACAAAUCGUCGAUCUUUGAUUAGGUAUUAGACAAAAAAGAGAAUAGUAUGUAUAGAGCCUAAGACUUUUAUUUUAUUAAAGUUUUUUAUUAGCCCCCAUCACUGAGUUAUUUAUAUAACGUAUUCAUAUUUUUUAUUGUUUUUCAUCAAUUAUUAUUAUAUGGUUUAAAACAUGGUUAUCAUUCUAUUUGGUAUUCGGUUAUCCAUAGUUGCACACAAAAAGUCGCCAAAAAGGGACUACAAAGAUUCUAAUGAAAAAUAUGGAAAAAUCACAAAAAUCUCCUGUUUUUUGGUGAAAUCUUGUUUUAAUUACCACCAAUUAUUCAACAAUUAUUUUUGUGAAUUAUAAUCAUCUAGUUAUUACAGUGUUCCACUGAGAAUGCUACCCAAGAACCUUUUCAGCAACGAUCCACUACUAUACGAUAUACCGUUGUAUAACCAAUACCAAUUCUAUCUAUUACCUUGUGUUAAAAUAUUUGGUUAUAUUAUGGUAAAUGAAGUUAAUUAACGAUACGACAGCGACAGUAAUAAUGUAUUUCUUGAUUCAUUAUUAUAGCAGUUAGGAUUUAAAAUGUUUUAAAUAUGUUAAAAUAAAAGUAAUAAAACAAGACAUUCAGGUACAGUAAAACUUCAUCUAUUUCCAAUAGACACGAAUUUCUCUCAAUUUAUUUGUUUUAUAAAAAACUUGUUUGUAAACGAUAAAUAACCGAAUACUGUAUGUCUAUUUGACUUAAAACUUUACUAUUUCACUAUUUCACAUAAAAAAACAUCCUCCUCCCACAAAUAUAUAGUGAAACUCAACCCAACUUUUAUAACUGUAAUCUUCUUAUAUAACAUUUAUAAUUUCCUAAGUUUAAAUUGAUUUAAACUAUAGGAAGCUCCUUUAUGUAUACAAAAGUAGCGGGAAAUAAAAUUUUGUCUUAAAUGAUCCAUUUUUAUUAUGUCAAUAUAUUUUGGAAUUUGUUAUUAUUAAAUUGUGUGCAAAUAAAAGUACGAUUAUCAAUAUUUUUUUUUUUUACUUUUCUUGGGGACAUGAUAAGUAAAUAAAUAACUAAACAGAUAUACACAGUUAAAAUCCAUUAUUAUUUAAUGAACUGUUUAUCUAAACCAGAUGACUCUUUUAAAUUAUUUAUAAGUACAAUACAUUUUAUAAUUUCAUAAAUUUAAUGAAAGGUUUUAUGCAAUCCAGUGUAAGUAUAUGAUUAUCAACUAGUAUCUGAGCCCAAAGUAACACGAAGUCACGAAAUAUACUUCGGUCAUAAUAUAAACUUAGGUACUUAAACUUAAGUAAAGACUCGUAUAACAUAUACGGUUUCAAUGUAAAAUUUAUCAAAACUCCUCGUCGUUCAUAAUAUCUACUCCAUCUCCAUGCGAGUAUAUAAUAUAUAAUACCUAUUAUUAUUUUGAGGUUUUCACCGAUUUAACAAAAUGGACAUUUUUGUUUUGACGUUAUUCUCGGUUUAUGCGAAAUGGAAUCCAUUUUUACCUCGUACGUAUUACGAUAAAAUAUUAUAUUAUAAGAACAAAAUUCAUCGCAAAGAUACAAGCGUAGUCCUUGCCCCCGGAAUGGACACCGAAAAUUAACGUCGUGUAUAUUUUUUUCUCCUCCAUCAUAAUGUAAAUAUACAUAUUUCGUAUAUCUACUUAAUAGGUUAGAAUAUUUCCGCGUUAUUUAUCGUACAAUGUUAUGUGCAUACCAUAAUGACGAUUCAUCAGAAUGUGCCGAUAAAUAACGAAAAAUGUUUCUGUUUACACCAAUAAUAUGUUAGUUUAUUGAGUUUCCGUUAUUGAUUAUUUGAGGUUUAAAUCACGCAAUUCUUUGCACGUUUUUCCGAUAAUUUUUUACCGAUUUCAGCCUUAUUUCAAACAUUAAUAAUUUUUAAUUUUUAUAUGAUUAAAAAUAAUUGUAAAGAUCUAAAUUUGUCACACGGUAAGUUUAUUAUCAUUUUCUAAACGUGUUAAGUACCUUCUGGCCAUUUUUAAACAUUUUAAAUAUUUGAAUUUGUUUAGUUGUUAUUUGGUUUUUUGUGGAUACAAUUAUUUGGCUAACAGAAAGUUUUUUUUUUUACGAGUUUUAAGUUUAAAUUUUAAAAUCCUAAAAAUUACGGUGUGUAAUUACAUGUAUCAUCAAAUCUUUUUACGUUAUCAAUUCAAUUAUUUUAGAUAACAUCUUAAUGCAUUUGUUUGAAUUUAAUUCGUCAAAUAAGAUUUAUACUAUAAUUAUUGUAUUCUUAAAAUGAUAAAAAAAAAAAAAAUAUAUAAUUACGAAUUUUUUUGACAGUGCUUUUAUGAAUAGAACCAAAAAUUAACACCAUUAUUAGUCGAAAAACGUGAAGAAAUUAUCAGAAUAAAAACCCCAAAAAAUUACCAUACAUAGUUAAAAAUAUCAACAAAAAUGUGAUAAUGCACGCUCAGAAUUUAUAAGGUGUAGCGAAUUGGCUAUUUUAAGUGACAUUUUUGUUAAUAUUCAAAUUCAUAUGCAUAUUUUAUUGGUUAAUCACGUGAAAUAAAAUAAAAUAUUCAUAGAGAAAUUGUUUCACGUGGUCGAUUAACAAGAAAGCUACUACACUUGAAGUUCAGAAACCACAUUUUCAUUGUGAAAGCUUUAUUCAUAUCGUAAUAUUUGUAUUUAUUUGGUAGGUCAAAAAAAAUUAUUUGUAAUAAAAAAAAGAAAAAAAAGAAAUCAUUAAAUUACCAGAUUUUAAAACAAUAAUAAAUUACGCAUUUGAGAUAUCGAUAAAAUUGUUGCAUGGUAUAAGUUUUCUUUUUAUUUAUGUUAAAAAUUCGGUUUCUUAGUAUUAAAAGAUGCUAAAUAUAGCUUCAGGCGUUUUUUUCACAGAUAAUUCUUUACGGGCGUUCCGCGUCCAAUUAAUAUUAAAAAUCGAAUUUAACGACGGACCCCCAACAAUAAUUAUUGUAUACUUACGUGAAAAAAAAAAAAACACGAAUCGUAUUGUUCAUGGUACUAAUGGAAUUCGGUACGGGAUUAUUUAAGAAACUCGCUAUAGAAGCAAAAUUAAUCAAUUUUCGUCUUGUAUACUACGCGCGAUUCGCAAAGGAGAAGUACUUACCAAAAUCGAUUCCGUGAAAGGCUAUUAUGUGUGAUUUAUGUGAAGUAAAUGAAAAAAACGUCGACAAACUAAAAAAAAAAAAAAACAAAAUGCGAACGAACCAGAGAAAAGAUAGCCGAAUAAAAUAUUAUGUUAUAGGUGUGUUCGCGGUAAGUAAAAUAAGGGAAAAACCUUUUCCAUUAGGAAUGAAUAUACAUAAUAUAUUAAAAUAAUAAUUAUUAUUAUUAUUUGUGUUUUGUGAGUUGAUUGUAUCGAAAUUUCAAACACGAUAAUUGAUGACUGUCAAAGACGGUGGAUAUAUUCCUUUGUGUAACGCGCCAUUUGUAGUGCCUCGAAAAUUAACGAAACUAAAACUAAACAAAUCUUUAUGAUUAAUUAAAAUGUACAAACAAAUAACUUAAAAAAAAAUUUAAUCAUUAUUGGUAAACUAUUGUAAUUUCACUAUAUUUUAAACUAUAUGGGGCUUAAACGCCUUCCCCUCUCAUAUUUGAACAACUUUUUACUGAAAAACUUGCUUCAAAAACUAACAGUAUACUAGCUUUUUUUUGUAGAAUUUCGGAUUUCGUCGGUGCUUUAGAAUAACAGCUUUUAAUUUUUAAAUAACAUAAUUUUUAAACGGAUGAUUAUAUUUUAAAAUAUUAAUUAUAAUAUGGCUGAAGUUAAAGAUGGCGAAGUAGAGGUUUAAGUAUUAAGGCUCCCUUUUCUACAAAAAAAAAAAAAUAUGCUAGAUUCAAGGAAUGUGUGAAACAUAGCCAUACAAGAUUAAAUAGAGAAAGGCAUCAGGAGUACUGAGGUGUGUUAAGAUGAUUGUAAUUAAUUCUGAAAGGUACAUAUUACAAAACUAUGGCAAAAACAGCGAUGUGGUAUUUUUUGCUAAAUUUUGGUCAAUAGGCAGAGAGAUAUAGCAGAAGAUUAUAUGAAGAGCUGAAAAUACGAGAAUAUUUUGAUGUGUAGAGUCAAUAGUUACUAAAGAGGAUGGAAUUAAGACUGCGUUUAUAAGGGGUAGCAUAGGCGUUAUUUCGAUAGUUGAUAAAAUAAGAGAAAAUAGACUAAGGUGGUCUAUACAUGUAAACAGAUUAGAAGAAUAAAAGGCUUUAAGAGUAAAUUACGAAUUAAAAUUUGGUAAGAAGGUGAAGGAGAGAAAACAGUAAAAAAAAAGGUUAAACACGAUUCAAAAUUAAAUGAGAACUGCUAGUACUGACGCGAGUGUAGAUAAUGUGAGUUACUAAGUCAUAGUGGAGUGCAAGGUUGAUCGAGGUUGGGAUAUAUGAAAAGAGAGGCAAGGGAGAAGAAUAAAACUACAAAACUUCAAUUAUUAUGUUAAUAAUACAAGUACGUUUAACGAACAAUCCAUUUUCACGAAUAACUUUCAAAAUAAAAAAAAAAUGUUGAUAUAAUUAUGCAAAUAUACAACGGUCAAACGGUUAUGAGAAUGUUCAUGCAUAAAACGAACUUAUGUACUCUUAUCGAUUUUUUUUUUUCUUUACAUAAAACGACAAGCCUAUAACCCAGGAUGGGUUUUCAGUAUCAGAUAACGGCGAGACGGUGUCGCGUGUGACGCCAAGUUUUACGCCAACUGCAAUGGAAUCCCGCGAACUUUUCUAAAAUUCGCACGGUCUACGUACCUCCGUAUAUAUAUACACACACACACACACAUACACAUAAUAUAUAGGUGAGGUAAUCGUCGUAACCGUUUUUCUGAGUCGAAAAGAAAACGGAAAUCAACGAAGGCGACAACGUGCAAGGGAGGGGUGGUGGAUAAGUCGGAAAAGUGCCACAAUAUCGAUAAGGAAACCGCAAACUUCUUACAAAUUCUCGACAGCCGGGGAAUUGUAGUGCUCAGGGUUUCCAUCGCUUGCAAUCGCGGAGAUCGACAUCUCGUGAUUACGUUUUAUACUCUUGGAUUUUUUUUUUUUCAUUAUAUAUAUAUAUACAUAUAUACUCGUAUAUAUAUAUAUAUAUAUAUAUAUUAAGCAAAGUGCCAGAAAAAUAAAUUGGUCCAAAAUCGAUAAGUCCGCGUGCGUGUAUAGGUAGGUACAUGUUUAUGUUUUUAUAUUAUAUUUCCGUAUAUUUUUGUUAUUCUGAUAUUACUUAUAUAUUUUUUUUUUCAAAUUAUUAUUUCAUAUUUCUAACAUCGAACAUGUUGUUUAUAUUUUUCAUUGAAAUACGUAUUUCGUAUUCACUUUGUAUGCGCACAACUAUAGUAUAGUCGUAGGUAUUACGUGCGAUAUUUCUUGUCUGUGUUCAUAAAUAUUUAUUUGUCUCGGCAAAUCUCCAGAACUAGAGAAACAUAUUUUUUAUUUCUGUACAAGACGCUUCACAAUAUCAUUAUCAUAUUUGUUAAUUGCUUUGGGAAUGAUAAAAAAACAAUUUUAUUAAUAGUCACGUUCACUAUAAAGUCAUUCUUAAGGUGUAGAGUAUAAUUUUUAUAUUAUUAUAAGAGUUUACAGCUUAUGAAAAACCUUGAAUACAGUUUUCAAGAAUCCGAAUAUAAAGAUGAAACAAUAUUAUCCAUAAAAAAUGAAAUUUAAUAAUCUUCAACUUCAAAAAGCUAUAAAUAACUCAAAAAACGUCAGCGCUUUAAAAAUAUUAUACCUCGGCUGAUAAUUGUUUUAAUUAUUUGGUAAAAAUUUCAGAUCCUUACGAUUAUUUUUCACCGCAUUACAACAAAAAAGUAAAAUUGAAAUUAAUAGAAACUAUAGGUACUAUUACACAAAUAUUCCUGUUUUUCUGGCGUUUUUUCACCCAGUAUUAAGAAAAAUUAUAAGGAAAUCAAUAAACGAUUCCCACAUUGCACCAAAUAGACAAAAUUAGUUAGGUACCAGAAACUUCUCCCGAACAAACCUUCCAGUUUAAAAUUUGAUUACAGGCGGAAAAUUCCCCGUAUAAUACUUUGCCAAAAGCGAAACGAACAUCAAAAAACUGAAUACUAUCAUAAUAUUAUUAUCAUCAUUUUGACGCAUAUAUUAUUCGGUUUUGAUUAAAUUUCCAUAAAAACGUGAAACAUUUUAAUUUUUUUUUUCCGACAGUAUAAUUGGUUUAUGAUAGAUGUUUAAUUUGUCUCGUGAAUCAUUUGAUGUAAUAAUAUCGUUGUAUUGUAUUAUAAUCCGUAUUGUGUUGCGAAACAAUAUAAUUUUAAUAUAUUUUUGAAUGAUGGUAUAUUAAUAUUUAUAUGUUUUGAGGGGGUUAAUUAUUAUAGAAUAUAAAACGGUGUUAUAUUAUUUAUGACCUUAUAAGUAAUACUUCGAAUUAAAUUAACAAAUUUAAAUCACGUUUAUAUAUAUAAAUGUAUUUAAAUAUUUUAGGUAGUAUUUUAUUAAUGUGAGUGGUUUUCAUUUUUGAUUUUUUUUUUUUUUUUUAAUAGAUUUUGGUUGUAAAAUCCGUACAUGUUUUUCGUUGAAUUUUUCCUGAAAAUAUAAACUUUUGCACUUUAUUGUGUAUGUUAACUGAUAAUGAAGGUAAGACCUAAGUAGUGAAAGCUUUGGGCAGAUGGAAGAAGCAUGGUGUAAAGUGUGAUAAUUAGAACUAAGCAGGACUACAGCUUCUAGGUCUAUAAGUAAAUGUAUAAUGGAUACAUUUGGAUUCAUUGAAUGAUUGAAUCUUUAUUCAUAAUACCAAAUUGAUACUAGAGUAUACAUUGGAAUAUAUUUUACAAAUCACUUACUUUUUUGAUACCUAAUAAUUAGAUUAAAAUAACGUUGAAUCUAUAACACAAUUGAUUAAAAGAUGAGAAGACUAUGGCUGAUAAAAGAACUAUAAUAAAUUAAAUGAAAUCGUUCACGGGUUUCCACACGAUGUUCAAUUCAUAGGUAAAUCUUAUAUUCAUCGUGCAAAAUAAGACUUUAUUAGGUACUUGUGAAAAAAAGUACAAGAUAGAUUAUAUUGUAGUUUUCGUAUUGAUCAUUCUGUAUAAAUAAAUCUGACUAUAGAAUAUUUGAAAUGUACAUAUUAGUAGAUAAUAUAUAGGAAAAAACCUUACACGCUUGCAUCCCGAAAAAUUAGAAUCGUUGUCGGUUAGUGAUUUAUAUAGGUUGAUAAACGUGUUCGAGCAUAUAGUUGUGUGCAUUUUUUUCUUAGACUUAUGACAAUAUAACGUAAAAGGGACCAGAUCGAACACUCGAAACACUAAAAAAAAAAAAAUCUCAUCGACAAGACAAUUUCUGAACCUUUCACACAUUCAAUAUAACGAGUACCUACCUAAAAACAGUUUUCUUGUAGAUUCUGGGUGUAUUGAGGAAAUAAUUAUUUUUACUAAAAUUUUUUUUUUUUUCCAAAAAUACUUUUUGGGUCAGUAAAACUGCUCAGAUUUUUCUAUGUGAACUUUUGCCACAUUAUACAUUAUUUGAAAAAUUCUUCUACCGUUUAAAAAAACGGUAUUUUUUGUACACUUGUCAAUAAUUUACAUAUAUUUUAUAAAAAAUGUUUUCUUCUGCUAAACAAUAUGGGCAUUUUAGACGUAUUUUAGAGGUACCAACAACAUUUGAUAUUUAAACUGACGAUCACGAAUUUUCCCGUCGUCCAGAGGAAUCUGAUAGAUUUGAUUAUUUGGCUGUAAGUUUUGCACGAAAUUUCUUCGCCGAAAGACAAGUUCAAGGGCUAUACAAACUACACUACAUUUUACCAACAGUACAACAUCACUGUCCAGAUAACGAAAUUGUAUAUAGUAAGUAGAUACUAUUAAUAAUCUAUAAAGAAACAACAACGUCAUCGUCAUUCCGGACCCUCAACACAUGGCCCUUUUAUAUAACUACGUCAGAAGAUCGUGUUAUUAUAUUAUAUAAAUAGACAGGUAUAAUAUAUAUAUAUAUAUAUAUAGUUAUAAUAAGAACAUGAUGAAACUCGCCAAUGGCAAAACUUCCACAAAAGAUCGGAUCUAAAAUGUAUAAUGCAAAUGGAUAAACUUAAAUUACCUCGCCGUGACGAAAAUAUAAUAAUAUCAUAAUAUAUUAAUAAGCCUUGCCGUUAUUUGAGGCCCGCGAACAAAUUUUAAGCAUACCAUGCAUUUUUUAUAAUUUUUGACAAAAUUAGAACGGUUGUGACGCUAGACGCAGAAAUAUAUACAAAUUUGCAAACCUAUGUUUUAAAAACAAUGUCUCUCUUUUGGCACAAUACUUACACUUUUGAGCAUAUUUUUUCACAAGAAUGGUCAAAUUAAAAACUAUUCCUCGCAAUAACAUGACGCUCACCUAGAAAACUUGUUGAUGAAUUUACUGUAUUGAAUACAAAAAAACAGAGAGAUAUUAGUUAACGAAAACAGUGUCAAAUAUUUUGGUGGAAAAAAAGCAGAUAUUGAGUAAUAUAAUGCUCAUUUGUUUCAUACGAAACGAUAAACCAUUGCUAACAUAAUAUAACGAUUCUGAGUAGAGUAUUAUUUGUCGUAUUACUAUGCCAAAAUAUUUAAAUACACACAGGAGCGUGCUCAAACGAUUCAAGGGGGGGAGGAGUAAACCUCAAAUACAGUAUCUCAAAUAAAAUUAAAGAAGCUCCACUCCCCUCUAUUUUGUAAAUUUACAACAAUUCAAUAAACAGAUUCGUAUAUUAUACUACUAAUAUAUGAUAUUAUAAUGCAUUAAAAAAACACAUAAAAAAAUGUUAUUUUCUUAGUUUUUUAACUAUUUCAUUUUAUACUUUUUUAGCGGGACUUCUCCAUGGACAACUAACAUAGUAAGGUCAUUAAGUCUAAUCGAAAAUAAAUGUCUUGUCAAAAGAAAAAUUGACUAUUUGUCUUUUUAUAUCCAAUUUAUACCUCAUUAAUUGUGUUUCGUAGAUAAAUUUUCAAUUUUUUGAGACAAGAAAACGUUCUUUCGGGGGUCGAUAUAGGUAAAGUGCAUAGUAUUUUUAAAAGGAAUUAUAAUAUAUUAGGGAAUAUCUCUUUAUUACAUUGUGUUAAUGUUUCUAAACAUUUUUUGGGGUAUUCAGCAUUACGUAGAUUAUUUAAUAUAUUAUAAAGAUGAAUUAAUAAAGUCAUCGACACGGAAAAUAGAGGGGUAGGGGUUGAACCUCAUGAACCGGCCCCCAAAGCACGUUUUUGUGUACACAUAAAACCAAAUAAAAACUAAAAAUAAAUUUCAAAUGACCAUACAUAGCUUAAAAAUCGUCAGAUUAUUUUUUAAAUUGUACUGCGUAUAGAAAGGAUAGGUUAGGUUAGAAAAUAUAAAAAUAACACGUUUACAUACGUUAUUGCUUAAAUUAUUUUAUUUUUCGACAUUUUUACCAGUUUUUUUCCCGGGCAAUUUUAAACAUUACCAGAGAGGAACCAAAAAAUCAAAAUUUUCUACCAGAAAUCGCCAUAAAUUUCAUAACUGGAACAAGAUUUCAAGUAAAAAAGUGGUUCACGGACAGAAUAAAAAACACAUAUCAUAGUAAAACUUGUGAUAAAAAGUAACACGAUCCUCGCUUCGCUCAGAAUCUACAAAAAUAGCGAAACAUAGAUUUGGUCUAAAUGGCACAUUGUGGAAAUAAAUAAUCGAUUCUAUACCGGGAACAGACGGGUUCUACUAAAAAGAAUAAUUUAAUAAUAUGUAAAUGUUUUUAUAACUUCCGAGCACUGUCUAUUAUUAUCGCGGUCACUGAUUAUUAUAAUAUGUGUGUAAUAUGUACCUGCAAACGUGUUGAAAACGUUUUGUUUAAGCGGUUUAAUGGAUUAUUAAUAUCGUCAAUUAACUGUCGGCCGUCAUACUAUAUAAUAGUAAUAAUAAUAAAUUAAUAAUAUAUGUUCAGGCCGUCAGGGAUUCAGUGGUCUGACACUUUCUCGUUGUAUAGGCGGCCUAAGCACCUGCACAACUGACUAUUAAAUAAUGUUAUAUAAUCAUAAAUAACUAUCGUGUUUGCGCGGUCUCCUGCAGAACAAUAUUCUAAAAUAGGUCGACAGAGUGUAGCGACGUGUCGUGGAAGACGUCUCUAGUCGCACGUCAAAAUUUCGGACACUUUUCCGGAUAACAUUAUCGUUUCCGAUAGGAUUAAAAAUACAUUAUUUCAAAAUGCUGAACGGAAAUUGCGAUUGUCACUAUUUAAUGAAAAGUUACGUUUUCCCAUAAUUUAAUAUCACAACGAACAAUAUUUGUAGUUUUUGUCCUCUACCUAUUGGAAACCUUCACAUUCGUAGUCUUCUCGCCUUUCUCUUCAGGACGUAGAAUAAUCUCAGUAAGUUCGUAUAGGAUUAAAAUGAUGCCAUUUAGAGCAGCAGCAGUGAACGGGACGUGCCACGCUGGGUCUUUAUCACGUAUCGGCAUGCUAGACGGACCGCACAUGAUCAGGUCCUGACCGUCACUUGACGUGAUACUCCUGUCUCUAAGGAAUGCUUUGACCAUCUGCCGAUAGAGUACCCACUCUUGACACUCAAUAUGUUCAGGUAUGUUCAACGGGGUCCUCCCGAUGAAGGCAGUAUAAGCACGCUGCACCCUGGGCACGUUUCAUCCAAUGCAGGAAGUGCCUUAAGCAACCGUGACCCAAUAGAUCCUUGUGUAUCGUGACAGAGGAAGUUUUUGGGACAUCUCAUUACCCAUUUCUUCAGAUCUGACAGAAUUCUGCGUGUUCAGGUGGCUUUGUACUACGACCCUACCUAUUGACCCAAGCGGUGAAUAUAGUUCCAUGUUUGACUCUUUAUUUUACAGAAAAUCUACACAGUGAAGUUUUUCAACUGCGAAACGAGAAAAUGCCUCCGCCAACUUUUGACAUUCGCCGUUUGUUCUGUGACCGCGGUACUAUUUUGUUUUUCACGUUUAUUUUCUACGUCGCUUGUUAACAAUGCCACGCGUGGCGUAUCUUGUCGUUUCUUCCGAGAUAAGAAAGUUAUACGUUUUUACGUACUAGUUUUUGUUCACCAACACGUGCCAGACGGCUUUUAAAUAAUAUUCCGUGUCCUUUUUGUAUGAUUUUUUUGUGACUUUAGUAUUUCUCGAUAGAUUAGUGUAUUUGCCGACCUUUGGAUACCUUAUCAGGAAUGUUUUGACAAGCCUACGGUUAAACCCAUCCUGGUUUCCCGUGGAUAGCAUUGAGCUUCAUAAAAUUUCGUAUUAUUAAGGUGUUCCAUAAUAAAAAAUGACAUUAGCGCUCCAAAAAUUUUAGGUAUUAAAAAAAAAAAAUUAAUAUAUUUUUGUCGCUUCGUUUAGAAAAAUAUAAAUUUGCGUAUACGUCGUAUUGCCAUUUAUAUUUUACUGUCCAAUUUCUGAUUAUCAAAUUAAAUUUUUUAGUAGUAAAAGUGUUCUCGGCCGGCAAAAAAAUACAAUUUUUAAUACAAUACGUAAAUUUUUUGUAUUUUUAUCUAUUUUGUUUAUGUUGGUAGAAAUAUUAUUACUCAUAUGUUACUGAUAGCAGCGAUGGUGGUAGGUAUCAAAAAUUAUGAUCCGAAUUAAGUAUGUAUGGAUACUCAGGAACGGUUUUCUUUUGGGAGUGUUUCACUGAAAAAUAUUAAAAAAAUUAUAAAAUGUGUUUAGGUACAUUAUUUUUUUCAUUAUCAAAAGUUUUGAAGUGAUUUUAAGUUUUCUUACGUUUCAAUCAGCAGUUUGUUAACCACUCAGAAUAAAUGCUAAUAAUAUUCUGUUUUUCUCCUCGAGUUUGUCCUAAUUAUUGGGUUUUUUUUUCAUUUUUAUUUUAUGGCCUAUCUUGUGACGUCUUUUUGUUUUAGUGAUUUCCUUUUCCAAAAAAAACCACAUUCAUUCUUUCGUUGUCCGUAUUGGGAUUUUCGAUGUAUUGAAACAAAUAAGAAAUUAAAAAUCCCUAACGUUCAUCGUAUAUAUUGUUGUUUUUUCCCUCGUGAUGUUGCCCCUUACAAUAAUAGAUUUGCAUUUUUUUGAAUACUUUUACAAUAGUAGGACAAAGAGAUCAGGCUUUUACUUUGUAUUUUUUUCUCGUUUCAAUAACGAAUUAACAAUUCGAUCGCAAAUACUAUUUAUUAUUUAUUCACUUUUUGUUUUGUUAUUAUUAUUUUUAAAUUAAUUUCAAACGGUAAAAAAGACACGAAUCAACUUACAAAAAUUAAAUAUAUAUAUAUAUUAUGUAAGUAGUUCGGUAUAGGUGCCGUUAUAGUGUAUUUAUAUUCACUGAAAGUUUGAUGUUAAAUACAUAUUAAAUGUAUAAGUACUGUAAACUCGAGUAUAUGACGUAAACGGGUGUAUAUUUAAGUACACGCUUACAUGUACUAAUGAUUGAGUAUACCUAAUUAUCGCUUGAUUAAAUCGCCAAAAUAAUCGUUGAUUUAAAUGACAUGUCAUAAACGUUGUAAGAAUGUGUAAAGAUGCUACGUUAAAAUAAAAUUCAAUCAUUUUAGCCGUUUCGUGUGUAGGAAUAAAGCGAAUACUGAACACGGGUAAGCAGGCCCUGAUUAAAGAUCUAGUACAUCUUUGAAAAAGGGAAUUUAGCUAAUCAUUUUUGGCGAAAGGAUGUAUCGAAAAACGGAUAUAUUGGCGAAUGGAUAUAUCGGUGUUCGGAUAAUUUGGCGAACGGAUAUUUCGGCGAAACGAUUUAUUUAUUUGGGGCAAAAAUCAGACAAUAUUAUCUGUACUUAGAUGGUAAAGUUUCCGUUUUUUACGUUUUAUAGCCUCUAAAAAUAAUACUGUUAAUCCAAAUUCUAAUAAUAGUAUCAGUUUGGCCGAACAUUAUCGUAAUAAUGUUUAUAGAAACAUUUUUUUAGGUAAUUUUAUCUUUACUUAUUUGUCAAUUUAUUCACCUUUUGUUUAAAAAUAUUUCUGCCCCGAAUUUUACUCCGAAUCGUUUUUCGUUGACAAUAGUUUAUCUUUGUAUACAAUCAAAAAUGAAUAAACUUAUGAUCCUACCUUCCCCACAUCUACCCCGUUCCCAAUAUUUACUCUUUUUUUAUUAUUUUUUUUACUCUAAAUAAAUGAUUUGUUUCGCCAAAAUAUCCAUUUACCGAAAUAUUCGUUUGCCUAUGUAUUAUUUAACGAAAACAAAUCGUCAAAAUAUUUUUUACCAAAAUGAUCGGAUAUCCGUUAUUUUUGUCUGAAAAAAUAUGUAAAUUAUUAAUUAUUCAAUGCAACACCGUCGAGUAAGAAUUAUAAUUUCAGUCAUUAAAAUGUAGUUUUUGUUGCCAUUAUUUAAACCAUCAAACAUUUUUGUUCGAUUUUCAGAUGAAGAUAAAUUCAAAAUUAAUAUAACAACAUUUUUUGUUAUAGGUGCAUGAUUAACAGCAUAUUAUGCAAAACAUAAAUAACCUAUUAUUAUAAUAUAAUUUAUUUUUAAAACUAAAAUAAAAUCGAUUUUGUGUGAAACUCGAUGAAGCUCGAACACGUUUCCCUGGUUAAAUUAUAAACAAAACUUAAAUCAAACAAUUAAACCUUCACAACACAAUAAUUACUAAUUAUUUUUAUAACAUUGGAUAAUAAUUAUUUCAGGUACCAGAAACUCUCUAAAGUUCUCUAAAAAUCUCUAAAGUUAAUGACUAGAGUAAAAGUAUAAAAACAAUUUUAAAAGGACACGUCCGUCUUCAUAAUAAAACCAUAAUAAUACAAUUUUUCCCUUUUUUCAGGGAAAAGUAGAAAUAUUAUUUAAUAUAAAAUAGUGGGGAGAGUUUAAAAGUAGAAACCUUUAAAAUACGUACCCUUGGCAAGAACGCAAUUCAUAUGAAAAAUUGCAUAUCCCUUAUAUCUUCACAAACCGUAAAUGAAAUACUAUAUUUUUAUCAGACGCAAUACAUUGCAAUACUAAUCUCGCAUUUUCGGAGAAAAUUCGAUGUAAACUACCACAAUGUCAUUGUAAAAGAAUAAUAUAAAUUACCUCCCUCUGUUACUAUAUAAUAAUGUAUAUCGACUUGCAGAAUAAUUAUUAUUCCGUUUCCGACAUUGAUUUAAUUUUCCGCCGAACGUCUGUCGUCUUGAAUAAUGUAAUAUUUUUCGUUCGUUUAAUUAUGUACAGUUACUACAGGCGAUUUGCAUAUUAUUUGUGUAUACGUGUAUACGCAAAAUCUGACGACAAACAGGCGGUCAAAACGACGACAUUUUACGUUUAAAAUUAGAUUUGCAAAAAUAAACGUCCUCUUUCCGCAACUAUAUCGUAUUAUAUUAUAUCCUUUCGGAACGACUCGGUAUAUAUAUAUAGACUUUUUAAAUAUGUAAAUCUUGAGAGUCUUUUCGAGUCAAUUCUAGGCGCACUGGCUACAGCUUAGGAGGAUCGUCCCCUUAAAACCCCUUUAAAACCCGUGAAACACCGAGAAAGGUUAGAGGGUUAAAUCGUUUUAAAAUGAAAUCUUAUCCAUCGUAUUCUGUCUGCAUGUCGAAUUAGUGGGCCGCGUUAUAAACGGUUUUUUUUUAGGCCUUUUCAAAAUUAAUUGUCGACAAUUCCCAAAGAUUAAUAAUAAUAUAAAAUAUUGACUUGAAAACUAAUUUAAAACUAAAAAAUAUUUUUUCUCUUGAAUGUCUGUCGUACGUCGACUUGUUAGGGCAAACGUUUAAUCACAAAAUCAUAAACUGUAUAUAAUUAAUGUUCGUCAAGUUGGCACCGGUACAUUAUGCUAGGACUAUAUAACUUUUAUCAACAUUUUCUUUUAGUAUUUUGCCAGGAUUCCUAAACUUAAGAAAUCCUCAAACAAAUAUGUCAGUACUAUUUUUGUGACUGCACCAGGCACAUUGUCCGAUACUAAAAAAAAAAAUGUCAAUUUAUUCAGAUGAAUUUGCUAAAUUAUACUAGAGAAUUUUAAGGAUUUUUCUAGGGCCCUCCGGGGAAGGUUUCAUAUUUGAAAUCAGCACCAGUCACGGAACACUUUUUCCAAAAAAUUAAACAUGUCUAUUUACAUUUUAAUAUUUUAGUGUGGUGAAUAUAGAAAUGUGCCGUGGCCAGUGCUAAAGCCAAAUUCGAAACCUUCCCCGGAAGUGACAGAGGCCUUAGCAAAAUCUAAUAAAUUCGUCUGAAUAAAAUAACAUAUAUUUUAUUUUUUUUUUUUUGGAAUCUGACAAUGUGCCGGUGCAGCCACAAAGAUAAAACCGACAUAUUUGCUUGUGGAUUAGCGAAGUUUAGAAAUCCUAGCAAAAUUAAAAAUGCCCUAGCAAAAUCUCGACGGAUAUUAUAAUAUUAAUAUGGACGAUGGCAACUAAUGACAACACAAAUAUCGCAAACCAUUUUCUUGCGAUAACGAAUAUUUUAUACAGAGAAUAAUUAUAUAUUAUCUACCCGAUAAAUAUGUAAAUUGUAUACAAUAUGUAAUAAUACAAAUAAUACAAUAUUAUAUAAUAAUAACAGAUGUAAAAUGUCGGUUGUAUAUUAUUGAUUGAAAACUUUAGUACAACCCAGGUGUAGUUUGAUUUCGUUCUGGGUGACUAUUUCAUGUGAUACUAGGACAUUUUUUCCGAAGAUAACAAAAACUUGACCAGCUACACCAUUUUAGAAUUCUAUAACCUACAUAACCGACACGAUGUUGUUUUAUCAUUUCUCCCUCUACUUUGUGUUUAAAAUUGUACACUGUCAUAGGCUACAGAAAAUUAAGUACAAUUACAAUAUGACUUUCUUAUUUAUUUGAAAAAAAGAAAAAAUCUUUGGGAGAUCUAUUUCCCAUAUUCUCCUCGUCAUCGUCAUUACACUACUACAAAGCAUUUUCUAUUUUAAUACGUAUUAUAGUAUUUGGAUAAGAUUUAUUGUUUUACAAAGUACUCUUAUAUUUCUAUAAUAUAAAAUAGGUCCGGGAAAAUUCAACUCUAUGAGCGGAACUUUGAUCAAUGAUAUUUGUUUGUUUUUACUAUAAACCAUGUUUUUGAAGUUUAAAAGUUAUGAGAGAAAGACAUUCAGUAAAAAGAAAUGAGUCCAACGAUCUAUUAUAAGCACAUAGUAUAGAUUUAGUGUAAAUAAGUUUAAGAACUCGCUGUCUUGUAUAUAUAAACUUAACUUAAUUAGUUGUAUCCCCUUACCAUAAAAUAGUGGUAGCUCUGAAAAGUAACUAUUUGGCAACAAGAAUAUAAACAGAUAAGUUGCAUAGUGUACUUAAACCUAGUCAAAUAUAUCACGCAAUAUAAACAAAAGAAGUAACACACCGUUGUGCAGUAUAAUACGACAGAAGUUGGAAGUUGAAAUUUCAUUCUCCUAAAACAUUAAUAUCAAAAUAGGUAUUUACAAAAUUUAUCUGUAAGUAGCUGUUGUUGCUGUUAAAUUCGCCAAACACAAUAUUGUGUGCAUGGCACUGAUGAUUACUAGUCACAACAUAUACAAACGAAAUUACAAUAAUUAUAAUGCAAUGUCCAUUAUGCUAUCGAACGGAAUUAUUUUAUCGUUAGGUCAGUGUUCCAAUAUUAUUUUUUAAACGAUUUACUAAUCGGGUACGCAUACAAUUACCACACAUGCCGUCCCAUGAACAACGGUCAGCAACCUGCAACCUGCAAAACUAUUCUCUUUUAUAUUUAUUAUUUUGAUUGUUUUACUGGGUAGCUUGUAAAACUUUUUAGAGACGGAUGGAAACGAGUCGAAAAAUAAAUUUUAAAAAUAAGUCCAAUCAGUGUAUAUGAAUCAUCAUGAACAAAAACUUAGAAAAUGAGUUCAGUCAAAUUAUUAGGUAGAAAACUAUGUCGGUUUUUUUUUUGUGUAACCAAGAAAAACCAAAAAUUAAUAAAUUCGAGUGUGAGCUUCCGUAUAGAAAUACAACUUUAAAAAUCCACGAAUAAGUACUUAUUUAAUUGUGUAAAUUUUUGUAAAUUUUUAAAAAAUGGAAAAAAAAAUUGGUGAAAUUUUAGAAUAAAAUCGGUAAGGAUAUAGGUUGAAAAUCGAAACUCCCAAAACGCACAUCGUUCUUGUCUUGUGCUUUGACUUGUGUCUCCUAUCCCGAAAUUUGUGUGCUAAAAUCAAAUUGUUUUUUUUCAAAUACAAUUCUUGAAACAAAAUCGAGAAACGGAGAAAAAAGUCGACCCGAAAAAAAGGUCGGUGACCUGCGCUAUGGGCUGCAGGUCUUAUAGAGUAAAUCAGUCCCCCCCAUUAUAUUGUUGUGUACCUAAUCAUAAUACAAACGCUAUUCGAAGUCUCAAAUAUACGUGCACGCGUUCCGCGCGAAACGAGAUGGUAGACGCCAAAGGGAAUAAUUUUGUUGUUUUUUUUUCAUUUCAUUACAGACGAAGAAGCGCGCGUAAAUUACGCCAUUAAAGUUUCCGUUAAAGGCGACGAUGACGACGACAUAAUGAAUAGUUCAAAGGACGUCGUCCGUAAGCUAAUAUCUCACAUUCCCGUCGUUAUGGUGACGCUCGGCGACAAAGGGCUGUUGGUAUGUAUGUAUGUAUGUAUGUGUAUGUGUGUGUGUGUGUGUGUGAGUGUGUACUGUGCAUAUGACUGGAACACGGUCGGCGAAUGUUAAAAAUUUAACUUUCAUCGUGAGUAAAAAAAAAAAAUUACACAAUACUUUUUUUUUUAAAUGUUUUAUAGUUAGCUUCCAGACAGCCCGACGACACGGUUUCGAUGGUUCACUAUCCGGCGUACGCGGUCGACACGCCCGUCGUCAGUGUUUCUGGAGCCGGUGACUGGUGAGUAUGAUAUAUAUUACCUACACAACUACUAUUAAAUGUAUAAAACAUCACCUUUCUUAUGUGUCUGAAUAAUAACGUCAAAAAAGCGAUGUAUUUUUUUCGCGUCAGUACUAAACAACGGCAUCAAAAAAUUACCAUAAGUAUCUAUUUUUAACAUAGCUAAGUCUAGAAUCGUAUCUUUUUUUUAAUCAUCAUAAAGACACCUAUUCGACGG